UUAUUAUUGCUAUCUCAACAGAUCGAAAAGAUGACGAAGCAAGUGAUGCAUCAAUGAGCCAGCAAUCACAUGUGCAACCUCGAGAUAAUGAAUUGUUUAGCGAUAAAGCUUUCGAAUGUGAAUCUUUAGGCAGUGAACUUUCAGGUGCUGAUUCUUCAGAUAAUGAAUCUCCAAGUAGUCAAUCUUCGAGUGAUGAAAAUGAUUGGGUAGAUGAACUCUUUGAACCCAAGUCAAAUGUAUAUACUUUAAUAUUUGAUGCCGCCAAUAAACCUAAUGCAUUUGAAAAAACUUCUUGA